AUGACACUCGUACUACUGAUAGCGGCUGGAGUCUUUCUACCACUGACGGUCUUCGCAAGGAGCGCCAGCCUCGAAGGUCGGCAGUCGGGGACUGGGAUUACAGUGAACCUCGACCAGAAGUACCAGACGAUCGAUGGUUUCGGUUGCUCGGAGGCUUUUCAGAGAGCCGUACAAAUGUCUAAACUGACAGAGGCACAGCAACAGUAUACCCUCGACCUUCUCUUUAGCACGACAAAAGGGGCUGGCAUGUCCAUCCUCCGUAACGGAAUCGGCUCGUCGCCCGAUAUGAGCGCCGAUCACAUGGUCUCUAUCCAACCCAAGAGCCCGGGAGGUCCAUCGAGCACUCCGAAUUACGUCUGGGAUGGUUCGGACAACAAACAGCUAUGGGUUUCUCAGGAGGCUGUCAAACGUGGGGUCAAGACGAUAUACGCCAACGCUUGGAGCGCACCCGGAUACAUGAAGACUAACGGAAACGACGCGAACGGCGGGACUCUGUGCGGGGUCGGCGGCGCUUCGUGUUCUAGCGGCGACUGGAAGCAAGCAUAUGCCGAUUACCUCGUGCAGUAUAUCAAAUACUACCAAGAGGCUAACGUGACGAUAACACACCUAGGAUUUGUCAACGAGCCAGAUCUCACGACGAGUUAUGCAUCAAUGCGCUUUUCGGGCUCGCAAGCGGCGGACUUCAUUAAAGUACUCCACCCCACUCUCGAAAAGGCCAACCUAAGCUCCGUCGGCAUCAACUGCUGCGACCCGGAGGGCUGGGGAAGCCAGGCAAGUAUGCUAGGCCAGCUAGGCUCAGUAGACAGCCUCAUAUCAACCAUCACGGCGCAUUCCUAUACAUCCUCUCCUGGGUCGCCUUUGAACACGCGCCACCGCGUCUGGCAGACAGAGGCCGCCGACCUAAACGGCCAGUGGCAAGGCGCAUGGUAUAGCAGCGGCGGUGCCGGGGACGGCAUGACUUGGGCUAACAACAUCUAUACGGCUAUCGUCAACGCGAACGCUUCCGGCUAUCUCUACUGGAUCGGUGCUCAGACGGGGGUGACCAAUUCAAAACUCAUCAGGAUCGACGGCGACAACGUCACUCCCUCGAAAAGGUUAUGGGCUUUUGGGCAGUGGAGCCGAUUCGUCCGACCCGGCGCCGUUCGCGUAGGCGUGCAGGGAGCCCCGUCGGGUGUACGCACAGCCGCAUUUCAGAAUAUCGACGGUUCCGUCGCCGUUCAGCUUAUCAACAGCGGAGGGUCAGCAGCCAACGUCCAGGUAAAGGUCAGCGGAGGAAGUGGUUUCACCUCUAGCGCAGCAACCGCCUAUGUCACAGAUAAUAAUCAUGAUAUAAGCGACUUGACCGUAUCGUUGAGUGACGGCGCGGCUGCAGCUAGCGUGCCGGGAAGGGCUAUGAUUACGGUUCUAUUGAAGCAAGAGGCGGCGCCGCCAGAGUAG